AUGCCCAACCCUAAUCAUAUGGUUAAACCGAUGGCGACCAAACAACAGGCAUCAGCACCACGAUCGGUCAAUGUUGACAUUGAUACUGUGAGAGAAGUUAAAACUGCAAAUACAACUUCAACUUCAACUUCUACUACAUCGACUACCACUACUUCUACUACAUCAACUAGCACUAGUUCUACUACAUCAACCACUACUACUAGCACAACAACAACUCCUCCUCCUAUUGUCGCAAUUACACGAACAGGUGAUCCAAUCAUAGGUGUGUACAAUACAACAGCUGGUGGAUCUAUCGGUGGUGUUAACGCCUUCUAUGCGGGCCCUUCUGAAUAUCCUACCUAUGCAAUUGAUAAUUCAACAAGCACAAAAUAUCUCAAUUUUGGUGUUAAUACCGGUGGUAUUACUGCGUAUCAACCAGGUAUAAACACUGGUUUUUAUGUAUCACCCGUUUCAAGUACUGCAUCAAUAGCUAUUGGUCUUCUCUUUGGAACAGCAAACGAUGUUCCAGAUCGCGAUCCAAUUACAGUAACACUUGAAGGAACGAAUGUAACUAGUUUGGCAGCACUUUAUCUUGGCUCAAGUUGGACACUUAUAUAUAGUGGUCCAACAGGUAUCAGUGCUAUAACUGAUCCAGGUCGGCAGGUGUAUGUUUCUCAACAAAAUUUUUCAAAUACACUUGUCUUCAGAAGUUAUCGACUUCUUGUUACAUCGCAACGUGGAAAUACCAAUUGUGUUCAAUAUUCUGAAGCUCAAAUUAUAGGGUAUUUGUGAAAGAAAAGCAAACAAAAUAAACAAUUGAUACAUGUUUUUUUUAAUAUAAAUGUACGUAACUUGAACUCUUUAAUAUUUAUUAUUUCAAUUCAAUAGAGUGUUUUUUUUUUGCUAACAUCUGUUCUCUUAAUAAAUGUAUACACUAGUUACUUUUUUGGUCAGAAGAAUUAAUCGAACAGUCAUAUUCGGUUGGAUUGAGUAGAAAUCUUGUCGAAAACCGGAUGAUGGAAUAACACCUAGAUUCCUGGUAUUGAGAACCCGAUCGGAUCCCACUACUAAAACUCGAUGAGAUUCUACUAUAGAAAACCGAAAAGAUCCUGAUGUUGUAAA